GGUCUCACUAAAAACAAUGUUUGGAUAAAUUUGCUCUUGUUUUGAAAUAUUAAAAUAACUAACUGUUAAGGUGAAAAGAUAAAAAUACUUGUAUGCUCAAAAACCUAUUUUUAAAAGUUAUGCACCAAAAAUUUUCUUGUUUUGUUUCAACAUUUAUAUUACAAGUUGUAUUCUCCUCCCACGUAUACUUUUUAAGCAUGGUUUUUUAAAACGUGAUUUUUUCAGUGAUAGUUAAUCAUAGUUUUUUCAUACAUCAGGCCAUUUCGUGAGAGGCGUGCGAUCGCACAUGCACGCCCCCACACACAUGCAGAUUUGUUUAGGCGUGCGAUUCACCGCACGCGCAAAACUUUGCUGUAAUUUAAAAUUAUUGUAUUUAUAACAAAGAAAAUUUAUUAAAGAAACCUUAAAAAUAAACGAUCACUGAACUACAAUGGAUUUACUGAACUCACAAUGGAUCGCACGUGAGCAGUCUUUACCAAAUGUUGAUGUGAAUUUAAUUGCUACCAUUUGCUUUCAUUCUUUCUUUUUGCCGACCAAGGGGUAAUAUGCAGAACAGAUAUAGGUUGCUAACGACCUAGUGUGUGGCCGCUAUCUUUCGAAGAAUUUGUUUUUUUUAGUUUCAAAUUUUGCAAACCAAAAAAAACAUUGAGUUAAUCAUAGGAUCGUUGAUAUUUUAUUUUGUUUGUUCAGUUUGGGUUAGUGUGGAGAUUAUAUCAGCGCUAUAAAUUUUUUUUAAAAAAUGUCUGAAAAAAGAACGAAAGGAAAUAAAGUUGAAUUAAAAACUUUUGAAAGUUGGGGUAAAUCAGAUAUUCUUGGUUGGAAGACAGAGGAAAAAGAUGGAAAGGUGUUGGUGAACUAUGUUUGGUGUAAAGUUUGUGCAAGUUUAGAUAAUAACAUGAAACACUUUCACCAAAAGAAACACUUGAAAAGGCUUGAAAAACUUCAAAAAAUUCGCAAGGAGAAAACGAAAAAGAAUAAUGGAACAGCAAACUUAGAACAGGAGAAGACAAAUGAAAUUGUUAUUGUGGAAGAUCAACAUGAUGUGGACAAAACUACUGCUAGUGCUGCUCCAGCUUUAGAUUAUAAGGAAGGAUUGAAAAAGAAAAAAAGAAAGAUAAAAGAUGAUGCUGAAAUUAGUAAGAAAGAAGGAGAAUUUAAAAAAGCAAAAUCUGAUGAAACAGAAGAGAAUAUUGAAGAUGAUGUGCAGGGAAAAAAAACAGAUGACUUGAAAGAGAAUACGUUGGAAGAGCUUCCCCAAGCAGAAUCUAGCUUGCUGCCAACAAAAGAAUUCAAGUCACUUGAGGCAUUAGUUUGUGAGAAGACUUUAAAGGGAAUUGCUGACAUGGGGUUCACCCAUAUGACAGAAAUCCAGUACAAAACUGUAAUGCCAUUAUUGGAUGGAAGAGAUAUACUUGGUGCUGCCAAGACUGGAUCUGGAAAAACAUUAGCCUUCCUCAUACCAGCUGUUGAAUUACUGUACAAACUCAAUUUUAUGCCAAGAAAUGGAACUGGUAUCAUUAUUAUAUCACCAACACGUGAAUUAUCAUUGCAAACUUUUGGUGUCGUACGAGACUUGCUACAACACCACCAACAAACAUUUGGAAUUGUCAUGGGAGGUGCAAACAGAAAACAAGAAGCAGAGCGUCUUCAGCGUGGAGUCAAUCUGAUCGUUGCCACACCUGGCCGUCUUUUAGAUCACUUACAAAAUACAAAUGGGUUUGUGUUUAAAAAUUUGCAAUGUUUGAUCAUCGAUGAAGCUGAUCGAAUUCUUGAGAUUGGUUUUGAAGAAGAAAUGAAGCAAAUUAUCAGAAUCUUACCCAAAAAACGGCAAACGAUGCUUUUCUCGGCUACCCAAACCAGAAAAGUAGAAGACUUGGCUCGAUUAUCUCUUAAAAAAGCUCCACUUUACGUUGGUGUAGACGAUGACAAAGAUGCUUCCACUGUGGAAGGAUUGGAACAGGGUUACAUCGUGGUACCAGCAGAUAAAAGAUUUUUGUUGUUAUUCACAUUCUUGAAGAAAAACAGAAAGAAGAAAGUCAUGGUUUUCUUCUCUUCGUGCAAUUCUGUAAAAUAUCAUGCGGAACUUUUAAACUAUAUUGAUAUUUCGGUCAUGGAUAUACACGGAAGGCAGAAGCAACAAAAACGAACGAGUACAUUCUUUGAAUUUUGUACUGCAGACAGUGGUAUCUUGUUGUGUACAGAUGUUGCAGCUCGUGGCCUUGAUAUUCCAGAAGUAGAUUGGAUAGUACAGUUUGAUCCCCCAGAUGAUCCAAAGGAGUAUAUUCAUCGCGUUGGUCGAACUGCUCGCGGGUCGCAAGGUCGUGGACAUGCUCUACUCUUUUUACUGCCCGAGGAACUUGGAUUUUUACGUUAUUUGAAACAUGCAAAGGUUCCUUUAAACGAAUACGACUUCGCAAAAGCAAAGAUAUCUAAUAUACAGUUACAACUGGAGAAGUUGAUUCAGAAGAAUUAUUUUCUCAACAAAUCUGCAAAAGAUGGCUACCGUUCGUAUUUACAAGCCUACGCAUCACAUCAACAUCGAAAUAUAUUUAACGUGGACACGUUAGACCUUCAAAAAGUAGGAAAAUCUUUUGGGUUUACUGUGCCACCUGGUGUGAAUUUAAAUGUGAACUCUAGCAAAGGUGACAAAAUGAAGAAACGAAACGGUGCUCUUGUAUACGGUGGCGGUGGUAGCCAUGGUUACCAGCGCAAAAACACCGGAAAACCAUUUCAUAAAAAACAGAACGCUGGUCGAAGAAAUUUCACUAGGUGAUAAUAAGAGAAAGCGAAGAGAACGAAUUGGAACAAAGAUAUUGGAAUGCACAGCGUUGCUUUGUAACAUGAUAAAAGCUCUAUAUUCAUUCUUUAAUAACACCGACGUACGUUUAGGCAUGGCAAAAUUUACUAAUGAGGUUAUAUUCAGCAAACGGCAUAUUUAAAAUUUAAGCGAAACUAUGAGUAUAUUUCUUGUAUAAUGUUUUUUGAAAAAAACUCAAAGGCGAUUUUAACAA